AUGCCUACAGAGACUGGGAGCCACACUGAGAUUGCUGUUUUCCAAAAGUACAGCAGGAAGGAUGGGAACAGCUGUCGACUCUCCAAAACCAAGUUCCUUUUCUUCUUGGACACUGAGUUGGCUGCUUUCAUAAAGAAUCAGAAGGACCCCAGCGUCCUUGACCACACGAUGAAGCUGGACCUCAACAGUGAUGGGCAGCUAGAUUUCCAAGGGUUACUCAACCUUAUUGACAGCUUAGCUAUAGCGUGCCGCGAAUCCUUCCUCUGGCUUUCCCAGAAACGUUUCUAA